UGCUCUGCGUUCUGCAACCGGAAAUCGGUGCAAAGUUUUAGCCCAACUUUAAGGUGUAUUUUGUGUUUUUCACGGUAUUUUCCACUUUGCAAAGCUCGAUGAGUAAGCCUGCUACGCGGAGAAUGUCACGUUACUUAGUGCGGGUAAAAUAAUGAGUCACAAAUUCGGUGUGAAGUGCUGCGCUUCGUGUUGUCUUGUUUGGCAGAUCGUGUACCGAACACUGAGUCUGUGAAUUGCGCAGAAUCGUGAAGAUCGUCGUUCGAUCGUGUGAUUUCGUGCUCGGAGUGAAAAUUCGAUCGCUAGUGACGCUGCCGGGAUCGGCAUACGUAUAAGCAUCAGCUGCUCGGUGGAAAACUGUUAGUUCUUCAUACGCACCGCACCGUAACGGUACCUCACUAAGCGCCCCGCGGUCGGAAACAUCCGGAGAGGAUUUGCCGGCAAAACUUUAAGCCCGUCGUGUUGUGUUUGAGCGCUCGCUUGCUGUGUGGGAAUUAACUUGAUCCUUGAACGAUUGCGUUAAUCAUCGGUGCCAGCCACAGAAUGGACGAUUCGAUCGAUGAGGAGGUCAUCUGCGGAGCAUCCACCGUUACCGUCGAGUUCAGUGGUGGAGCGGAAACGCUCUUCGGUGGCGUGAAAGAACACGUCGUGCCGUUGGACGGAUCGAAAAUAGUGCUGCUCGAGGAGAUGCUGCGGUGGCUGCGGGACAACCUGCUGACCGGUGAUCAGAACCUAUUCCUGCAGGACAACACCGUGCGGCCAGGCAUACUGGUGAUGAUCAACGACACCGACUGGGAUCUGAUGGGCGAAACCGAGUACAUCCUGCAGCCUGGGGAUCAUAUUCUCUUCAUUUCCACCCUCCAUGGCGGAUAGGCACCAUGGGUCUGAAUGAAAACUGUGAUAAACUACUUCUACUUCUACAUCUACUACAACAACUAUUACUCGCUACCUACAGUGUACGGGGCGCGAUCGUUAAGAUUGGUUUCUCUAGUGUUAAGAAAGGCUGCCUUCCUUAUCUGUCCCUUCCCUCGCUUGCCACAGGACUGUAUGUAUAUUAUUGUGUCAUUUCGUUGGCUUUUUGAAUGAAAUUUAUUUGCGUAAGCGAUCGCGAGCACGCCAGAGGACGGACUACGAUCGUGUGCGGCUGGUGAUAACAAAACCCGCCAAGUGGCCCGACCGACCGAGUUCGUGCUGAAAAUGUGAAAGGGAAAGUGUUUUCGGGUGCUGCGGAUCGCGUGGAUCAAUCAGAGAUCAGAGGAUGGUGCGUAAGGUGCGAGGCGAAAGAACUCUUUUACUCGUUUGAUAUUUAAAGCUAAACAGCCGUCGCUUAAUUCCUCUGCCGCAGCUGCGACUACGUGUCUUUAUUUCGAUCGCUGUUUAUCCUUAAGAGAGGGCCCAAGUAAAGAGUUAC